AUGGCGAGCAACGACGACGGGCAGAAUAGUGUUGACCCCACGGGUGUGAUAAACAAUCAACGGCAACAAAACCAGCCGAUUAUCCCCGUGCCGGCGGUCCACUAUCAGCAGCAGUUUAUUCCCGUCUCUGCCGCCCAGCAACAGCAGUACGCGCCCUUCCCGCCCCACCAACCGCAAGCACAGGUCGGUAGCGAUGUGUUCGUGCAAAUUUUGCAAAUGAUACAGCAGCAGCACCGAGAGAUUAUGACCCAGCUGAUUCAACAGCAGCAGCAAAGUGAUGAGAAGCAUGAACGCUUUCUCCGUACGAUCGCAUCGUCAAUCAACGUGCAGGUACCACCGAAUCCGGAACAGAUCCUUGACUCUUUGGCCGGCAACAUCAAGGAAUUCCGGUUCGAGGCCGACUCCAACGUGACGUUUGCGGCUUGGUACUCGAGAUAUGACGAUCUCUUCGAGAAGGAUGCUGCUAGAUUGGACGGUGAAGCAAAAGUUCGUCUUCUUUUGCGAAAGCUGGGUGCAUCGGAGCACGAACGGUAUGUGAGUUACAUUCUGCCUAAACUUCCGAAAAAUUUUAGCUUCCUGGAAACAGUGGCCAAGCUCAAGAGCCUGUUCGGAGCAAAAGAAUCGGUGAUCAGCCGUCGCUACCGAUGCCUGCAGAUAGCGAAAAAUCCUGCAGAGGACCAUGUGGCAUUCGCUUGCCGCGUAAACAAGGCUUGCGUGGAGUUUGAGCUGGGUAAGCUCUUGGAGGAGCAAUUCAUGUGCUUGGUCUACGUGUGUGGUUUAAAAUCGGAGAACGACGUCGAAAUUCGCACCCGCCUCCUCACGAAAAUAGAAGAGAGAAAUGACGUGACGUUGGAGCAACUUUCGGAGGAGUGCCAGCGGCUGUAA